AAACGUUAAUGUCUGAUAUAGUUUUUGCUUACUUCUUCAACUAAAUGUAGAAUGGACAUAUAAUUGACGAACAUUGAAACCUCAAAGGCAAACAAAAUCUCGACACUGAACGGGAUAAAAACCCAACCCAACCUGUACUGCCAUUAUGAAAUAGAACAGGGAACCACUUUGUUUAUUCAACAUUCUUCUUUGUGAGCAGUGUAAAUCGCUAUCAACUUGUUUUCGAAAAGUCUAAGGGACUCUGAUGACUGAUACUUGAUUUUGGAUCAAACAUUCGAUAGUGAACAGAAUUUGUACUUUGAGGAGUAACUUAUCACACAGUUGUCACCAAAUUUUGAGUACUUGCAGUACAAACACUUUUAUUCUGCAACGGCGUUGUCAUUCUUUUUACAACGUUGAGAACCAAAACCAACAUAACUUUUGUAACUCAACAUCGACAUUUAACUUCAGAAAUUGAGCUUUCGAAACGUUCGAAUCUGCAUUCGAAAUCGAAUCUGCAUUCUAAAUCGUCGUUCAACUUCAAAGAUCUGUCGCAACUGCUCCGCAACGACUUGUUCAAGGAUGGACAAUACCACAGACAACUUCUCUUCCAAUAUCGUUCCGACAGAGCCGACAAAAGAUCCGACGUCUCUCCCCGAUUUUGUCGGCGAAUCCGUGCCAGAACCUGUUCGGAUUGGUUUCAUCGUGCUGGCUGUUCUUCUUCUUGUCAGUGACCACUGCAUAUUCAACGGUUUCCUGGUGGUCACCUGUUACGUCUCCUCUCUGUUCACGCUGGCUGGGAUCUCCUUCAACCGUUACAUUCGGGUGUGCCACAACUCUCUUUACCAAAACUAUAUGACCAAACGCACUACGCUUGGCUUGUGUGCGGGGGUAUGGCUCGUGUCAGGCUCGGUGGGAGCCGCCCCCCUGUUGGGCUGGGGCCACUACGCCUAUGACGUGAAGACCCACUACUGUGGCUACGACAGGACGGCCAGUAUCAGCUACACGGCCCUCAUAUCUGUCGGGACGAUCGCCCUGCCAGCAACUGCUGUCUGCUACUUUAAUUUUUCCAUAUUCAGGUACGUGAAAGCCGCCAAUAUGAAGCUCGAGCGAUGGAAACAGAGCCAAAAGUCGACCUCCACCACGGAAGAAAGUGAUGGUUUCUCCGUCGGACAUGACAGCGGCUACAGUGCGACAAAAAUCGAGAAAAGUCGAAACUGUACUCAAACUGACGAAACAGCUACUGCUGGGGAUGGUACUUCGGACAAGUCACUCAGGGGAGGAGAAGGUUGUCAUGGUGAAGUGCGGCGGGGUAGUGCGCGUCAUGGCGCGCACAGAAAACUCAAACCAGUUCGAAUACAGGACGAUAUAGAGUCCACAGACUCGGACGAAGGUGAUUCAGCAGCUGAGUGUUUGGGUUCUCAUUCUAGAACGUUAGGAAACUCCAGUCAAGAAAAAUCAGAAUCACUGUCCCGGCAACAAAAAAGUCAGCCGCGAUGUUCUUUUGAACUGGCUGAAAUAAUAUCACAUGAUUUGAUAAUAGGGAACUCACUGAGCACAUACAACCGUCUCAACAGCAGCGAUACAACGAGGGAUAAUAUUGAAGUCAAAUGUGUCGAAGAGCAUCAGUCUAAAGCUGCUACAGCAGCAAGCGUGAGAGAGGCUGAAGACGCUGAGAGCAGGCUACAGAGUGACAUUGACAAGAAGAACUUCGUUGCUCAUGAAAAGUUUCAAAAUGAAACUGUUGUUGAAAAUAAUAUUAACAAUUCUACAAAGUUCACACAUGAGAACUCUUGUGAAAGUAGUGACGUGAGACACAGAGACGUCGGGCCUCGGUUGAACACGAUAAAUGUCCGCCCAGUAAAUACUGGAGACUCAGACGACAGCGGACUGGAAAAACCCGAAAUCGACUGUUCUGAGAGACAGUCUGAAAUCAAAGAAAUUGAACAUGUCGAGAAACGUGAUACAAACACGUCCAUCGAUACAUCGCAUAAAAUUAACUCAAAGAAUGAUGAUAUGGAGACUAUACAUAUAAACGACGAAGAGCAAGGAGGUUUGCAGGGCAGGAAAAAAGAAAUUGACCCAGCUGAGGGAUUAUCGUCAUUGCAAGGGGGUAAGGUCUCCCCACGUAGACCCAAAAUGAUGGGAACAGUGAGGAGUAGGGACCGGAGUCAGCUUUUAGCCAGUGGUGCUCGCAGACCUCGAACGCUCAAAAUUAUCUCCCCCUGGUCACGCAAACAAAAACGAAUCAACGAACUGCUGGAUACGUCGGGGACUUCCACAAGCCAGGGACAUAACCGUCAAAUCGAGAUCCAAACGACCCAGAGCUUGGGGUCCAGAAGACAUUUGGACGUGCCCAGGACUCAUCCGAAAAGACCUGUCUCCAAGCGUGAGCUGAACAUGAUCAAAACGCUAUUCCUCGUGUUCGUUUGUUUGUCAGUUUUCAUGUCGCCUUACAUGGUCUCCGUCAUUUUGGAUACGGAGAACAAGUGGCCAGCCUACAUCCAUCUCAGUUGUUCGGAAAUUGCUGUAGUGAACAACGCCGUGAAUUGGAUACUAUACGGACUCAUGAACAGGAACUUUCGUGCUGGUUACAGAAGUGUUCUCUCUUGGCUUUGCCCAAUUAGAACUCGGUUUGUCACUCUGAACCUUUCGAAAGAUUGAAAGUACCGCCAGUACAAUACAGCUUUUCAAAAGUAAAGUUUAUUUUAUUUCGCACUUUAUUGUGUGCACCUUCGUGACAGAAUCAGAGCAGGUAACAUCUGGGAUAGAAAACUUUGUACGCCGUAGGAUACCCGGCUGAGAGAGAAGGAACAUUCGAGAACAGGCGAGAACGAUUCAGACCUCACUAAGAUUUAACCCCCUGACAUGGCGUUGGUGGCCUGGUGGCUAGGCUCUCGGACUUGCAAACGUAAGGUUGUGGGUUCCAAUCCAGUCAGGAGCCCUACGAUGUCUCCUUGGGAAAGGCACUUUCCACAAAUGUCCUCACUUCACCGAGGUGGGAAUAGGUAACCAGCUAUGGACAGUGAAAGAUCUUAUUAGUUUGUUAAUAUUUGAGCUCGUGUAAUCCACAGCUGAGACUGUAUGUUUCCCGGGAAGCCGGGAAUGUUUCUGAAUAUUUUAAUUUUAGUUUCUGUUGAAGGUAAAAAUAGAUUGUAAAACGAACAGACCAUGCUGUAGAGCGGUGAUAUGCGCUAUA